AUGUGGGCAGGGCCGUGCUCUAUGCAAGGCUAGGGCUGCGGGGCUUCCGGCUCCCGCAGCUCAACUCCCGUAAGCAGCUCAAGAUGCGCAAAGGGAAAGGCUCUGCGCGGGCCCCGGUGCUCCAGUUCACCAACUGCCGCAUCCUGCGGGGCCAGAGGCUGCUCAGGGAGGAUCUGUGGGUGCGCGAGGGCCGCAUUCUGGACCCAGAGAAGCUGUUCUUUGAGGAGCGGGUCGUGGCCGACCAACAGCGGGACUGCAGGGGCUGCAUCCUGGCGCCCGGCUUCAUUGAUGUGCAGAUCAAUGGUGGGUUUGGCAUUGACUUCUCUCAGGCCACAGAGGAUGUGGGUUCGGGAGUCGCCCUGGUGGCCCAGAGGAUCCUGUCGCACGGAGUCACCUCCUUCUGUCCCACCUUAGUCACCUCGCCACCCGAGGUUUAUCACAAGGUCCUUCCUCAGAUCCCCGUGAAGAGUGGUGGUCCCCAUGGGGCAGGGGUCCUCGGUGUGCACCUGGAAGGCCCCUUUAUCAGCCGUGAGAAGCGGGGUGCACACCCUGAGGCCCACCUGCGCUCUUUUGAGGCCAACGCCUUCCACGAUGUUUUGGCUACCUACGGGCCCCUGGACAACGUUCGCAUUGUGACGCUGGCUCCUGAGCUGAGCCGUAGCCAUGAAGUGAUCCGGGCGCUGACGGCUCGUGGCAUCUGUGUGUCCCUAGGGCACUCUGUGGCCGACCUGCAGGUGGCCGAGGAAGCCGUGCAGUGUGGAGCGGCCUUCAUCACCCACCUCUUCAACGCCAUGCUGCCUUUCCACCACCGAGACCCAGGCAUCGUGGGGCUCCUGACCAGUGACCGGCUGCCCCCAGGCCGCCACAUCUUCUAUGGGAUGAUUUCCGAUGGCAUGCACACCAACCCCGCCGCCCUGCGCAUUGCCCACCGGGCCCAUCCCCAGGGGCUGGUGUUGGUCACUGAUGCUGUCCCUGCCCUGGGCUUGGGCAAUGGCCGUCACACGCUGGGCCAGCAGGAAGUGGAGGUGGAUGGGCUGACAGCCUGUGUGGCAGGUGUCCCCUGCCAACCCACACCCCAUCCACUGUGCCUGGUGGCCCCCGCCCUCCACCUCCCCAGAGCCUGCCCUCUCUGCUCUCAAGGCACCAAGACACUGAGCGGCAGCAUAGCCCCGAUGGACUUCUGCGUUCGGCAUUUCCUACAGGCGACAGGCUGCAGUGUGGAGUCUGCCCUGGAGGCUGCGUCAUUGCACCCUGCCCAGCUGCUGGGACUGGAGAAGCGAAAAGGAACCCUGGACUUUGGGGCUGAUGCAGACUUCGUGAUGCUCGACGACUCCCUCCAUGUUCAGGCCACCUACAUCUCAGGCGAGUUGGUGUGGCAGGCGGAGGAGGCCAGGCAGUGACCUAGGACCACAACUGGAAAGAACACCCAGUCUCAGCUGGACACUGUCAGUACUGGGCUAUCAAGGAGCUGGUCUCCGGGGAGUGAGUGGGAGCCCUGCCCCAGGUGAAUGGCCUUGGCCCUGGAGGCAGCUGGCUUGGAUAAACUCUGUACCCCACAGGGACUUGCCUGAUCUCUGAGUUUUGCUUCAAAGUGGGCUUCUUGCUGUUUCCCCUGUCACCCUGGUAUCCCUCCAGGGGGUGGAGUGGUGGGGUUGUGGCUUAGGUUUGGGAGUGACUGGACUCUAGCUCAGCCCAGCCUUGAGAGGAGGCUUCGUGGGGUCCAGUGGAGGUGACAAAAGGACGCUUUUCUGUUAGAAGGAUGUGUUUGAGGCCUGCAGACCUGCAGGAGUUUGCCUGUUGUGGGAGUUGAGGGAAAGGGUACAUCUUGGAAUUCUGAACAGGAGGGCAUUGAUCUUAGAGACAAAUUAAGAAAUGGGUCUCAGGUGGGCACUGCAGAGGUUUGGGAGGCCAGGUGUACGUGUGCAUCCUGUGUCUCUCUCUGCAUCCGAGCUGUACAGGGCCUGGGCACAUUACCCAGCACUUCUCUCUGACCUUCAGAGGAGUCACACUGGCCUCAGGACCCCAGGUUUCCCGGCUCUGAUUGCAGGAGGCAGUGGUUGAAGGGACCCCUCAGCUGACCGUGGCUACUGCUCCCUGGCCUGCCUGACCAGACCAGCCCUCAUCCCACCAUCAUUAGCCCUCAGGAUCAUCCAGGCUCUGAUUCUUUUGGUAUCUUUUCUGAACAACCCCAUCUCCUGACCCAACUCCCAGGAGGGCGUGGUGAGCCAUCCUGUAUUUUGGUGUUUGCACAGCUGUGGGUAACCCCCUGUCUGGUGGUGGUGGGCAGCUUGUGGUUAUCAGUGUCCGGUGCCCUGUAACUGGACCCCACCUUCCAAGUCUCCUCAGCCCUGGCCAAGUUUCCUGGGAGAGGGCACAUGAGUUCAGCUAAUAGGUUAGAAGCUGAGCAGCAGUUGUCAGUGCUCUCCUGGUACUGGGCCUCCUCCUGGUGAUCUGUGGGUGUUCACUUGCUCCGUUUGCCUGACAAAAAUCCAAAGGGGUGUCCUGUUUCUCAUCUAGGGCACUGGGUCCCAGAGCUGGUGUGUAUCAGGGCCAGCUUUUGGCCUGGCCAACCCUGAGAGCCUUCCUUAGACCUGUCACCAAGGCCUCUCUGGGUGGAGACUCGUGGAGGGACUGGUUGAGAUGGUGGCCAGCUAGGUGACACCAGAGAUGACAGGAGCCAGCAUUGGCUGGGAAGAAAGAGCACUUCAGGCAAAGGGAACUACCCCACAAAGGCCAGAGACACACAGUCUUAGUGUGUUGGAAGAAUGGAACCAAUGGCCGUUGGGGCUGGGGAGUGGCCAAGGGAUGGGGGCCCAGAGCUGGGCCCUGCAGCUGCAGCAGUUCUGAUUUUAUUUGAAGGGUGGGGGCAGUGGCUGGAGCAUUUUUUUUAUUGUGGUUAAAAUACAUGUAACGAUCACAUUUAAGGUUACAGGCUGUUGGCAUUAAGCAUACUCACGUUGUGCAAUCGCCGCCACCACCUCCGGAACACUUUCAUUACCCCAGAGGGAAAUUGCGCGCAUUAAACUAACCCGAUCCCCGCCCCCAGCCUGGCGCCCACCUGUCCACUCUGUUUCUGAGUCUGAGACUGCCACUUUAAGCGCACCUUUGAGUAGCUGUGGGGGUGGCAAGGAGACCCUCAGGGGCGGGCUGGCUGUCAGGUGGCAGUGGGGCCAGAAACAAGUGAAAUGGGGGACAGGCUUGCCCUAGUUCGGGUGUGGACUGGGGCACAGGGGAGGUGAUGCUAAGUGUGCGCCUGACUCACUGGUGAGUGGGGGUGACUCACUGAGAUGGAGAGGCUGAGGUGGGAACCCUGGGGAGGUGACCCAGCUUCUUCUCGGCAUCUCCCUGGCUUGUUUAAUGUGAAUGUAUGUAUGUCGAGGGCGCAGUGUUGAUCAGAGCCUGGCGCAGGCUGCCCCCACAUCUCCAUAUGCCCAGUUGGGAGGGAGGGCCACCUGACUGCCAGGUAUGGGAGCCCAGAAGCUUCCACUUGGCGCACAUAGACUGGGCCAAUCGCUCAUGGGCCUCAGCGUUGGCGGGGUUCCUUCUGAAGCCCUGGGCUCUACAUGAGGAUGACAGGGACACUGGGAGAAGAUGCACUCAGGGCAGGACGCUCAUUGGCUGAGAGGUUGUGAGUGGUCCAGGCCAGAGAAGGCAGUUUGAGAGUGGGGCAUCGAGGGUAUCAACCACUGGGAGAGUUUGACAGUGGCCGCUCCCCGGAAUGGGCCAGGCCUGAGCAGCAGGGCUUUCACAGCGAAUCUGGAGGUGGCUGUUAGGCAUGAGCAGAGCAGGAAGGUAGCCAGAGCAGAGGGUCACCAGGGCAGAGAGCACCAGGUGCCUAGCAGCAGGCAAAACUAUAAGGCCUUGCAUGCCACUCUCUUAAGCAUUAAACCCCUAUAGAUGACAUCUGAGGCCUCAGUUGGGUUUCAGUUCCAGCCCCAAAGCAGCAGCAAGGCCAGGCGGGGUAAGGCCAUGGCUGACAACAGAACCAGCUGCGAUGACUAGUUACCCUCUGCCCUGGCGCUGAUCAAUCAGUGGAGAUCUCAACCUUGAGGAGACACAUUUGGAAAGCUGAUGACUAUUCUAUUGAGAUCCUUCCCUGAGACCUCCAGAUAGAAGCCCCCAGGACUGAGGACCCAGUGCAGUUCUCUGCAGCAUGCCCGAGCCUUUCCUCACCCCUUUCCCCAGGGGUGUUAUCCUGGCCUCCCUCUUUCUCCUAAGCUCUGAGGGCCCUUCUUUUGCCUCUGUAACUUGUUUCCUGAGCCCAUUUCUUCUAAUGGCUCACUUCUACCUCUGAGACUUUCUAAAUAAACUAUCUUAUAGUUUGCAUCUUGA